CAUUGAAAGUUCUUAUUGAAAACGUCAACAAGUGCUUUAUUUUUAUGUAAUUGUAAAAAUUUACUUAAAAUAAUAUGGCUCUUGCAAAGGUCUAUGACGCGGCAACCGUGUUCAAGCACCUAAAUGGUAUCAUAAAUGUGUACAAGCCCGCCGGCAUGAAGUUAAAGCACGUACGCAACGCUAUAAUUGGCAAUAUUGCCAAAGGGCUAAACGAAAUGGAAUUAAGAGAGCCACGUAAGUUGGCAAGGGAUACUCCACUGUUGGGCACAGGAACUGCUGCCGACAGUGUACUGCACAACAUUGCUUCGAAUACAGAUUUAUCAGAUCAUAUUCUGUCUGCUGGACCCCGAUAUAUGCCGCGGGAUAUUCGUUGUGCAACAGUAGCAACGCUUGGGGACCACACAAGUGGUGUUUUAUUAUUUGGCAUAAAUGACGGACUGAAACAGUCCAUUCACAUACAGCGUAAUCGUCCCAUCCGUGUAUACCAUGUGACAGCUCGUAUGGGAACUGCCACAGAAAACCACAUGCCUGACUCACGUGUCACAGUGCGCGCUAACCAUCGCCAUGUUAGCGCGGAUCGCAUCAGUGGCCUGGCGGCGUCCUUGCAAGCGUCGCACCAACGCAAAAUGUAUGAACUGUGCGGCGUUGAUUUGCAGACGCAGGCUGCGUACGAAUUGGCUUGUAAAGGUCUCAUCCGGCCAGCUGAUAACAGUCAACCAGUGCUAUAUGGAAUAAAACUGAUACAUUUCGAGAGGCCGAACUUUACCCUUGAGUUGCAUGCGAUUAAUGAAAGCGAGCAAUUUAUUGCUGCUCUUGUCCAUGACAUGGCUAUAGAACUGAGAACAGUGGCUCACUGCUCACAACUGCGAUGUGUUCGUCACGCACACUUUGAUGUGACCGAUAGCUUGCCGCGGCAUGGCUGGCAUCUGCCUGGCAUUGUCAAAAAUCUCAGACGACAGCGAGAGAUUCUCGAAGCGAAUCCGCAGUUGUUGGAGCAGGAGCGUAUCGAACUGCAUGCAGCCUCGUCAUAAUAUAAAAAUAAGUUAAACAGCCGUUUGUGUUUGGCUGUGGCUAUUGGCCAACAUCAGUUUGUCCAGCUCGAAUAGAUCCAGCUGCAGCCUGUCGUUCAGCUUUUUGCCAGCCACAGAGUCCUGCACCUUUUCCAACACCUCUUCCGCUUGCUGCAGAUGUGACUGAGCCAAUUCCAGUUGAAAUUUCGCUUCAGCAGGCAAUCUACGUGCUUUUUCCUCUAGUGUGUGGGCAAUCUCUAUCAAAAUGACGCUGACGUAAAUGGCCAACUUGAUGCUAUGUGGGUCUAGUCGAUGACACACAUUGCGCAAUUCCUCACAGAGCCUAAACUUACGACCGAGUUGAAGAUCGGUAAGCGUAGCCAAUUCCAAGCCCGGUUCAUGCCCAUAUAGCUGUAUGAGUGUAUGCUUCAAAUUGAACAUGUGAAAGUGAUUGGGAUGCAGCAAUUGCGAGAGACGCGCCAACAGCAAUUCCACUUCACUAGCUGUAGGACUGCCGGCUAGCAAUCUCUCCACCUCCUCUGUCAUGUGGGUCUGCACCUCAGUCACAUAGGCGGCAUCUACCAGCAUGGGGCAAGUGUCGCACUUCCAUUGCGUCUGCUCGUUGAGAGGCUCGACCGGCAAUUGAAGACCGUCACACGUCUUGGACACAUCACCCAGGCAGCGCAUAGCGCUUACAUAACUGCCGUAUUCGGUGGGAUCCUCACAGCGCGGACAACGACAGCUGAAGUGCUUAGUCAUGCGCAGAUGAUGCUGCCGCAUCUGCGUGCCCCACAAUAUGUUUGUGUAUGUGAUCUUCAAGUGGUCGCCCUUCUUAAUAUCACAUCCAGCGCGCACCGCAAUGCGCUGCGUGGUUGCAUCGAACUGAAAGUAACAAUUAGGCUGACAAGCGUGUUCCAUCAUACAAGCUUGCCGGAACAGACCGCUCAGCUCCACUCCGGUGGCCAGCUCAAUGACCAUGUAGUUCGUCUCAAUUAUGCCACACAGACGAUGCAACAGCUCAGGCUCAUAGUUGCUGAGCACAUUCUGCUUGUUCGUGUUCGAUUUCAGACGGCGUAGAAAUCGCUGUUGCAAGUAGCUUACAAUGCGCUGCUCCGCCUCCAAUUGUAACUCCGUGCCAAGACGCUCCUCUUCAUGUGAUUGCAUCUCCAGCAAUGCCAUCCAGCGCUCCGGCUGGGAGCGCUGCAACAACAGACACUUUAACACCAGUAGUGCAUCAUGGCGAAAGUAAUCGUGCUGUCCCCGCGCAUCCGCUUUGGCUCCAGGUGCAUUGCCAAGACUGAGAAUGCUGCACUCCAGACUCUCGUGUGCACAACCAACACUGCACACUGGCCAAUGGCAGCUACAAGUAGAGUAAGAUAGACAUUAUUUAUUGAUUUAUUUUACAUAUUUUAUAGUUUUCGAACUGUACAUUUCUCUUAGAGAAUCCGUUAACAAGCGCUAUUUGAAGCAUUAUUCAAAUUUAAAUUAUGUCACUACAUUUAUAUAUUUUAAUGUCCUAUUACAGGGACUAAUGUGAUAAGAACAACAAAAAUUGAUCCAGUUUAUGCUUGCUUAAAUUAUUCCUCUUAAUUUCCUUAAAUCAUCCAUACUGAUCAAAGGUUUUUUCUAGCUCUUAAUUUUUGUUUUGCCCAUUGUUGCAUUCUUACUUGCGACACUGAUGUUUGCCCAGGCGACAGGGCGUGAAGCAACCGACACAUGGCACAAUUGUGGCUGACUUUUCGCCUUCGGUCAGAAACCAUUUAGGUCCCACAACUAGUGGC